CAUCAGAAUUUAAAUAGCAAGAGACACAUUUACAAUCUUCCACCAUGUUUAAGUGCUCAACAGAUAUAAAAAAAAAUACUGUAGUAAUUUAUUUCAUUCUGUCGGUUUGUUUUGUGUUGUGUCUGUGAAUGCAUCUGUGAGAUAGUUCAUGGUUCUAUGCGUAUCUUUCUAUUAUGAAUGUUCAUUGUUCAAUUGGUUCAAUGGUCAAUGGUGUUUCGGUGUUCGUGUAUUGUUUGACUGCUACUGCUUGAGUUGCCAGUCCUAUUGUUUGACAUUGAAGAUUUAGAAAGUGUAUUUUCUACAUUUAUUAGAAAAUUGCUGACAGUUUUGUUUGAAGUAAAUCCAUUUCGAUGGAAUCUAUCAGAUACAUAAGUAUUCUGUGUUUGAAAUCAAAAUCAUUUUAAUAGGACAAACAAGAAACUAUUUUCUUGAUCGAAAUAUUGCCGUUUGAAGUUGAGUAGAGCGUCACGUGACCCACGCUAACCGCCAUCUUUGUGAGAUUUAUAAACAUCAAGCACCGGGAAUAGAGCUGUCGCUUAUUUUAUCUGAAAAGACAUAAAAGUGAAUAUUUUUUAAAGAAAUAUGUCAGAAUCAAGUAGUGUUGAAGUUAAAAAUGAAAGCUCCAACGAUGUGGACUCUAAGGCCCCAGAAUCAACGCCUGCAAGAGGCCGAAAGAAUCGUUUGUCAAUGUUAUCACGUGCAGCACUUGAAGGGGAAGCUAUUCUGAAGGGAAUGGGCCACAAGGAAGAUGGUACUACCGAGGGUAGACGUACAACGAGGUCUUCGACAAGAGGCACCCCCACUCCAGUUGCCACGCCUCCGCCCGCAAAGCGAGAGCGCAAGACUGCCUCCACGGGCUCAAGCGGCCGAGGAGGACGCCGAGGGAGGCCGAGAAAAACGGAACCAGUCGACAACAAUGACGACGGCAAAGAUGAAGAAAAGGAGGAUAAGAAAGAAGAAAUAGGAGAAAAUGGCGAAAAGCAGAAUAACAGCGAAGAUGCUGAAAGCACAGAGGCUGAUGAAAAGAUGGAGACGGACUCAGCUGCAAAUGAAACGAGUAAGAAGGAAGACUCGAAAUCAACUUCAUUAGAUAAUGGCCCAACAACUGCAGCAAAAUCAGAAAAGAAAGAGGACGCAGCUGAGCCACCUGCCAAGCCAGUGGAGCCCCCUAAAGAGGAGGCCAACGCCAAAAAAGAGGAGAAAAAAGAAGAGAAAGAAGAGUCUCCAAAGAAGGAGCCAGCAGCAGCCACCGCCCCUCAAACAGCAGCUGAACAGGACAAUGAGAAGAAAGAAGAGAAAGCGAAGGAGGCAAAUGAAAAGGAUGAGAAGAAGAGUGAGCAGCCUGACGUGAAAAGCAGUCCAUCAUCCAAGGAGUCAGCAGCAGCAGCACCGCCGGCCCAGCCAGCGUCGAUAGAACAGCCUGCACAAUAGGAUUGGAAACUCGAGUUUUGACAAGAUGGGAGCCUAAUUGAUGAAUGGAACUGAACCAUGUGCAGUGACCGAUACUCUGAAGACUAUUGUACAAGUACAAGAAGGCAGUUGCAAUUCAGUAUAAUUUCGCUUGGAUGUCAGUGUAAGUGUGUGUUGGUGGAAUCUAUCUUUUGAGGUUCUUAUGUAGGUGUGUUGACUGUUCAAUCAAGAAGGGAUUGAAAAGCUGUUUCACGAACACAGCUAAUUUAUAGUAAUUUUAUUUUUGUUUCUAGAUGUACAGAAAAAUAUUUGUGUUUUCAUUCAAUGAAGGAAAGAUGUAUAAUUAAUUGUACCGAUUAUUAGAAAUAAUAUCCCUCAAAUGAUGACUAGUUUUCUUUGUUAUAACUCGAGAGAUGACUUUUAGUGAAUCACCUUGUAUUAUUUUAUAAGUAAAAUAGACAGUAAUAAUGGUUGAUGAAUGGAAAAUGUACUUUUCACUGUAAAAAGUACCUUGUGUUUCGAAUGUUGAGAUGAAUUUUAUGAUUGAGAAUGAUAUUCUUUGCAGUGAUAUUGAAAUAAUAGCUUUUCAAUAGUAGUCAAGUACCUACAUCCUCUUCCAACAUCUGCAUUUAUUUUCCUUUCUUCAAAUGUCAACUUUUUCUACUAUACUUCAUGAAACUAGCGAACGAUCAAUCAUACAUAUGUAGUUGGAGAAAUAUCUGAGUUGAUAUUCUAGUAUUAAAAAGAACUAGUAAUUGUUAUUUCUCUUAUUUGAACUGACCUAGUGUACGGAAGCUCUUAUAAAAUUUUACUCAAUCGUAGAUACAUUUCUUCAUUUGGAUUACUGUAUGUGUGUGUUACAUCCUUCAUUAAUAAAUCAACUUUAACAUAAUUAUUUUAUUUGUAACCAUGUUUUGGAAUCGAUCUAUAGAUUGUUAUAGUAUGGAUUCUAUAAUAUACAGUUCGUCUGGUAUUAUUUCUGUUGCAAAUCUAAGACAUAAAGUAAAUCAUUAAAUUCUGAACUGUAUGGCUAUUUUCUUUGUAAUAACCAGCUAACGUCCAAAAACAAACUGAGGUCUUUCCAAAACAUUACUGAGUUCUCAUUAGCUCAUUAGUCAUUGUUCCUGAAAUCCAUUUUGACUUUGAAUCAAAUCGACUAUCACAUCACAUUUUCGUUUUCCAAUUUUAAAAAUGUCUCGCCGCAAUCAUGGGAUUAUAUCCUUGUGCUCUCAUAUGUAUCUCAAAUAAAUAAAUACUUGAAAUAUGUCUGCUAUUGAUAUUUUGAGCUAGUCUGCGCUACUGGUCCUGAUAAUGAGAUACAUUUAAAAUAACUUGAUUAAUUUCUAGUUAUUUAAAAAUCAUUACUUUACUCACUGCUUAUUAACACUAAUAAUAAAAAGCUUAAGUUCUUCCAAAAAAAUUAUCUAUCCACAUGUAAUUAUAGAAAAACACAAACGUCACAGUUGGAAAAAUAAUUUUAUAUUAUUUCAACUCAGUUUUUCCAUAGAACUUAUAUUAACUAUGUUUCCAAGCAGCAUAUUAUUAUUUUGUCCAACUAGUAGACAAAUAUAUUGUUUAACAUCUUCAUUAGAAGAUACAUAAUAACGAUAAUUGAUUUUUCUUCCGGUUGUAGUGCGUAACUUAUAAAUUUUUGAAUUGAAGGCCAGUGAAUUGCAACUAAGUAAAUAUGAAACGUUUUUGUCAGUUCCCAAACUUUUUAUAAUCAAUAGUUUUCGUUAUCUCUACAUUCCUAAGUGAAUACUCGUAGAAAUUUUAGCUUUACUGUACUAGUGAGUCUUUACUUCGAUUUUUUUAGAACUAGUUCUAGCAGAAAGGCCUACUCCUAUAAUAUUUGUAUUUAACAUUUUUGCCAUUUUUAUUAAUGAAAAUCAAUUACAUCGGUUGAAUUUUCUUGGUUGAUUUCUUAUAAAGUGGUAUAUCUUUCCACUGUGGUAAUUGAUAAUACUUGGUUACAUACUCUCUGUUCCGAAAAAUUUAAAAACUUUUUAUUACUUCCGAGUUCAAUGAUAUUUUUAUUUGUUCAAGACAAUAUUACUUUGGUAUGAGAUCGACUCAAUGAUAUUCACUUCAAUUAUAUUAUAGACAUAAUAUGUAAAUUAAUGUAAUUCCAUAACAUGAGACAUAUUAAAAAUAUUGUCACUCACUUUGUACAUACCUUUGUCUUGUAGAUUAAUUGUUUCAAAGAAUUAUUAUAAUCUACUUUGAAGUACCCAGUUGUGAUUGCAAGCCUAUGUACUCUGUUGAGCAUAAAAAUGUUUUACUGAACAUUAUUCAGAGAAUUAUUAAAUUGUAAUGUUUGUGUUUUGAAAUUACGUAUCCAGAUUCAAAUGUUUGUUUUCAAGUAUUCCUUUGAUUUUUAUUGUGCCAGUUCUUGAGUAACGUGUCUUUGUCUACAUGCUACCUGGUAAUAGUGAAUGAACUGUUUCGUAAGGUAGUUUCAAUGGUUUUAUCAAGUUGUAGAAAUUUCAAUAAUUCGAAUAAAAUAUUGGAGGAUGA